UCCUCUGAGUAUUCUGUCUUAGGAAAGAGCCAAUCGAAACUCGCGUAAAUAUUUAUCUUUUUAACGAUGGUUGACAGAGUGUAGCGUAUAUAAGAUGUAGAAGUGAGGAAGAUGUUAUUUGUCCUUGAAGACUGAUACUGUAGUCCUUAAGUUUAACGUGAUUUGGUAAACAAAAGUUUAGUGCUUUUACAGUGUAAAAUAUAAAUACAUUUAGUUUCAAACAGAUGGGUUUUUGUAAACAGUUAGCUCUGAAAACUAUUUCUGGUUUGUCGGAGAAGACAGCAAGAUGGCGAGUUCAAUCCAACUUGAACAGAACGAGUCGCUAUUUCACUACUCAGUCGUCAGACCUUAACAUUAAGGAGCCACCAGGCCCCUCUAUCGUGACCAGCGAGAUUCCUGGACCAAAAUCACGAGAACUAAAGAAGCAGCUGGGAGAAAUUCAAAAUUCGGACGCAGUUCAGUUUUUCGUCGACUAUAACAAAUCUAGAGGGAACUACAUAUGUGACGUAGACGGUAAUACGUUUUUAGAUGUUUUUAAUCAAAUUUCAUCAAUGCCUCUUGGGUAUAAUCACCCAGCUUUAUUAAAAGCCAUACAAGAUCCUAACAACCUGGCAACAUUUGCAAACCGGCCAGCUUUAGGUGCAUUACCUCCUGUAGAUUUUGUGGAGAGUUUACAUACAGCUUUGUUAUCUGUAGCGCCCCCUGGAUUGAAACAGUUAUUAACAAUGGCUUGUGGAUCAUGCUCUAAUGAAAAUGCUUAUAAAGCGGUAUGUAUGUGGUACAUGAAAGGAAAACGAGAUGGACGUGAACCUAAUGAAGAAGAACUUAAAUCUGUCAUGAUUAAUAAAACCCCUGGAUGCCCACAGUUGGCUUUUCUUUCGUUCAUGGGUGGAUUUCAUGGCCGGACUUUUGGGACUUUGUCAACUACACACACAAAACCACUUCAUAAGUUAGAUAUCCCAGCUUUUGAUUGGCCAGUAGCUCACUUUCCAAAAUACAAGUAUCCCCUAGAAAACCAUGUUCGUGAAAAUAGUGAAGAAGAUGAAAAAUGUUUAGCAGAAGUAGAGGAUUUGAUAGAACAAGGAAGUAGGAAUGGAAAACCAAUUGUUGGACUGGUUGUGGAACCUAUUCAAGCUGAGGGAGGGGAUAACCAUGCAUCGGAUGAGUUCUUCAGAAAUUUGAGAAAAAUUACCACCAAAAAAGGUGUUGCAUUUAUUGUGGAUGAAGUUCAAACAGGAGGAGGGCCAACUGGAAAGUUUUGGGCACACGAGCACUGGAACUUGGAUAAUCCUCCGGACAUUGUAACAUUCAGUAAAAAAAUGUUGACUGGUGGGUUUUAUCAUAAAGAAGAGUUUCGUCCAAAGGAGGCUUACAGAAUCUAUAACACCUGGCUUGGAGACCCUGCUAAGCUUAUUUUAUUAAAAGAAGUCAUCAAAGUGGUGAAGAAGGAGGACCUGUUGACAAACAUUGCUACAGCGGGAAGUCAACUCUUGAAAGGGCUACAGCAGUUUGAACAAAAACACAGCCACUUGAUUUUUAAUGCAAGAGGAAGAGGAACAUUUUGUGCGUUGGAUUUUGUGGAUGCUGCAGCACGAGAUAGGGCUUUAAAAGCUCUUCAUAUGAAGGGAAUUCAUUGUGGUGGUUGUGGAUCUAAGUCCCUUCGAAUUCGCACAGCCCUAACAUUCCAAGUUUCGCACGUGAACAUCUUUCUUGACCGUCUAAGUCAGGUUCUGAAUGAAGGAUUUUGAGUAUAUUCCAUCUUUAACCUCCUAAGAAUUAUAAAAGUUUUUAGUACUCUUUCUUUUUAACCUGUUAGCUUUAGUUCAUAUUUUUAUUAGAAACAAAAUUCAUUAAUAUUUCUUUCCAUUAAUGAAAACAGUAUAAGAUGAAAUAUUAGUAGCAAAUACAUGAAGAGCCUUUGCUAAAAGUGUUUUAUUUACUGUGUUUAGGCAUAUAUUUUUUAUAUUUGGUGAAACUCCAUAAUUACAAGAAUGAGGAAAAGCAUGACUAUAGUAUGUUUAACAAACACAUCAUUCAGUCAUGACCAGUAUCGCCAGUAAAGGUAUCAUCAUCAAAACCAUGGUCAUGACUAAAUGAUGUGUUUGUGAAGCAUACAGUUGUCUUGUUUUACCUCAAUAUUUUCUUUAUUCAUUUAUACCUUUACUUGGAUUCUUAUAUUUUGUUGUAUAUAAAAAAGGUUUAUUUUUUAUCAGCCUGUUGACUUGUAGUUCAGCUCCAAAAUUAUGUUCUUGUUUUAUUUGUUUGGAUAAUACAUAGUUCAGCUACAAGAUUAUGUUAUUGAUUUAUUUGUUUGGAUAGUACAAAUACGUAGUUCAGCUACAAGAUUAUGUUCUUGUUUUAGUUGUUUGGGUAAUA